UCAGCACGGUUCUCUCGUUGAGAAGAUAAUCGCUCAAGAGUGGAGUUUUUACUCUAAUUUGGCGUCUUUUCAUACGUGACAUUCGUAGCUUUUGAGAGGUUCCCCUUUUCUGAUUGAUUUGCCGUGACCAAUAGCUAGGAGUUUAACAGCCAAGAAGCGCGCCUUGCCGAUGGAUGAUCGACUCGAGACGAGCACUCGGUAGAGCUAGCCUACUUAACGAUCAAAGCACUCAUCGUAAUCGCCAAAAGCACGAGCAGCUACAAGAACAGCGUAACAAUAUCGGGAAAAUUCGACGGCCUAUUCAAGCUUCAAGAGACUUUCUCAUCAAGAAUCUAAAUAUUAAAAUCUUAGAAUUCUCCAAGCAAACUUUUUACUCUAUUUAUCAGUCUUACUCCAUUUAAAUUUAUCAAAUCGACUCUUGAUUCUGAAUAAUCUUUGUUGUUCAUUCUAUUUGAUCGGAUCACAUCUUGUCCUCCACUUCGAGGACUCUUAGAUUAAUUCUUAAAUAGCUCGAGUGUUUUCUUCAAGAUCUCGUGUAUUGCAUACCAAUUCGCGUUUUAUAGUAAAAACAAUUAUUUCCGCUUUCGCUGCAGUCACCGGACGAAAGAGAGGGUCGCGGUGUGAAUCACGGUGUCACAAGCGGGUCAUAAGCGCAUCGCCAGGCGAGUCAGCCACGUGAAUCGUGGCUGUUUCGGCAAUCCUUCGGGAAGACUUUCAAGUGUGACUAGUAGGGCCCACGUGGCCCACAAAAGCCGCAACCAUUGAUUCCGACGAGUCGACGGUGAUAAUGGGCGUCCAGGUGGAGGAGUCCAAGAUCGGUGUGAUGUUAGAAAAGGCCAAGUUCUACACCUCCCUCUGCAUGGGCACUACGGCGAUCCUCGCGGUCUUCGCCUUUCUGUUUCUGAUUCCGUUCGUUGUGGAGCCGGCGAUAUCCACCAUCCUGGCGGAUUUCUCGCCGCAUCCGGUCGCCUGCGUCACAACGGAUCACGUUUACACGGAAGGCUUGAAGAACUGCUCGUGGGCGAGCUGCAGAGAAGGUUGUACUAGUGCUGCGCUUCGUUGUCAUCAGAUCAGAGUCAACUACACGAAGCUUCCGUUCGAGGAGUUCAUGGCAAAACAAUCGGGUUCGAUAUCAUGGGAUGUAACGGACACCAAGUUCUUCGUGAACACGGAGGGAUGCGGCUACCCGCCCACGGUCAAUUGUUCCGCCUUCGCGAAGAAAUACGCCUACGAAAACAUGGGAAAGGUAUUUCCCUGUUACUACAGUAGGACAUAUCCAGAAACAGUUGUCGCAAGGUACUCGUGGGAUGAAAAUUUGAGGCAUUUGGUGUUGGCCUUGAUUGUACCGAUAGCACUGUUCGCUGCGACGCUCGGCGUGCUGUGCUACUGGUAUUGUCCGCCGAUGGGCAAGACCUGCGGUCCGGGUCACAAUCUCAUCGACAAGUACGCUAGAAAGGAAGAGUAAGUCAUCUUGGCGGAGGACGAGUUCGAGGAAGACGAGGAGGAAUACUGACUGCUACCAAGGGCUCACCCCCCGGCGCGGGAGUGAUGCCAGCGAAACAAUGGCUCCGAAUGGCUCCAGUUUUACCUUAUAAAUUUAAGCGAUCGACUAUAGUAAUGCCUUAGAAAAUAUUCGCGAACAGCGAAGAAACGAGUCUCGUUAUCACCGCUUCUUACGGGCUCACUUGUUAAAAUUAAUGCUUGACGCAAUGUCCGACUUCUUUUGUCCUCUAAAUCCGCUCUGGAUCGUGCUUUUAAUAAAUGAUACGUGUCCAGGUUCAUUCAUGACAUGACAUCACGAUAUUUCUCUCUUUCUCUUUCAAUCUUUCUCUUUUUCUUAAUAUUCCAAUGCACCGAGAUUAGCUACUUACACGCACUUACUCGAAAUAAAAAUAAUGUCGGAUGUAUCGUGAUAAAAUGGCGAAUCCAGUGGCGAUCGGAAGAAUCUCUUGUGCGAGACUACAAUGAGGAGAACGAAUCUUAAAUUUACGAUGUAAAGUGGGCCGUGUGAAUCUGAGAGUUCGAAUGUUUCAAUUAUCUAUCAGUAUUCCAUAGGAGUUACGAGCAGGUUGGCUCGAAACACGCGGCAUUGCCAGACAAAAGUAUAAUGCAUUAACGAAAUAAAACAUGAUAUUAAUAAUGAGAAUUAAUUCAAUUAACGAUAUAUACCAAUAUUAAAAUAUUAAUCUAUUAUGCAGAUACAAGACUCUAAUGCCUAUUAAAUCAUUUAGCAGCGUAAUUGUAAUUCUAAAAGUCCGUAGAAAUCGAGGAAAUGAAACUUUAAUCGAAGUAGUUGCAAAAUGCGAUGAGAGACGAUGGACUUCCACGUGUUUCGAGUUUAACCGUGAUAAAGGCGCGCCUUCCUACUUGUACGAUAAUUUAAGCAGAACGAUAGUUUUUAGACAGCACAGACUAGGUUUUACAGCAGCAUCGGGUUUAGACUAAGUUAAAAUUGUCGCGAAUUUACGACUGAAGUCACGUAAGCUGCCCUUUCGAUGAUGAGUCGAUCGUAAAGUAUCGAUGGAAGCAGUGCGAGCUUGCGGCUCGACGCUCGGCGUAAUUAGCUUACCCGGGCUCUACACGAAGAAACGAAUUCCAAUGCGGACUCCUAUCGGGCCAAUCGCAUCACUCGCUACACUGGACAUUAUGCUUCUCAAGAUUAUUCAUUCUUUUGAAUUCUCUUUUAAAGUAGCUGAGAUGAUCAUUCUUCUAAUUCUGCGAAGCAGGCAUGUUUCAAUUAGAUAUAUUCUAAAGAUUUAAUAUUUAUUCUUUCUCUAAUUAUUCUAUUAAAAUAGAAGAUGUAAAAUAUUAUUAUAAUGUAUAUUUCGUAGAAAUUUGAUCGAAUAAAAGCAGUUUAUAUUACUGUAUUACUACUUGAUAGCAGAACGCGACGUGUUAAAUGGAAAUUGUGAAAGCGUUCUAUGAGCAAGUAAAGCAAGUGACCCGAUUUGCCUUGAAAAUCCGCUUCCGCACCAAGGAACAUAGAUUAAGGCUAGGCUAUAAGUUAAGCCUGUGAAUAUUAGCGAUUAUAAUUCUAUCGAAAUCGAUAUAAGAGUUGUUACGAAUUUUGUACGCGGACGCAAGUCACGUCGUGGAUUCUAGCUUUAGGGAGAAGAUAUAUAUAUAUAUAUAUAUAACUACGUAUAUAUUAAUGCAUAAAACGCACGGGACGCUGGCACGCAUUGUGCGCAUAGUUUUAGUCAUAGACGUAAUGAUAUCUUUAAGUUUAUUUUUUGCAGGGACACGCGAACUAUGUUCCAUAAGCUACGAAACGACGUCGUUUAAUGCUCGCAAACUGCUUAGUAAUAAUAUCUAUUUCGUCAGACAUAAUUGCCAAAAAUUGCAAAUAAAUUAACGCAAAUAAUAGCUUAUUAAUUAACGACGCAAUUGAAGCGCAAUUAGAUUCAGAAGACAUAUAUGAAAUAAUCUCCAAGAAUUACAUGAAGAAUUUCAAGAAAUCAUUAUAACUGCAAUAUAAAUUUGUAUUUUUUGAAAUUCUUUUCGUCAAUUGAUAAAUGAGUUUUGCAUUCUCGAAUCAUUAACAAUACGAUUGUCAAAAUUGAUUUUAAGAAUGUUUGUCUCGAAGCAUAUGGAAACCACGUCGUAACCCUCAACAUCUAGUAUGGUUGUGAAUCCUUACUCGGCCUUGCUGUAGGUGUCCGUAAAAUUGGAAGAGCUCCCAUGAGCAGCUACCAACGGAUCCUACGUUUUGGCACUCAUUCCCCACUUGAAGCUUGCUAGUGUAAUUUUCGUUGCGAUCGAUCGCGUGAUCGUCUACGAAUGUCCAUCAACCUCACCUCGUGUAAAUUAUAUAAUUAAUAAUCAAUUUAAUUCUCUCUUAUUGCUAAUCUUGUCUCCGAUAUGAUUGAGCAUUUUAAAUGAAAGUUAAAGAUUUGAUGAUAUGAUAUUUAUCAAACAACUCAAGAUUGGAGAUUAGAUGAUUUUAGAUGUAAAUAUUAAUUUGAAAUUUUCAUACGCCGCUGGAGCAUUUUAAUAGAGAACUCCUGUAUCUUUUCUCAUGCAUUAUUUUUCGCGAGAAUUUUUGCUCAAGACGCUUACAAUCGACGAAACGACGGCGAAGCGAGUCACAAGUUCCCUUAUUGCGCUUUCCGGGACGCAGAAAUUGUUGCUAGUUUGUCGUUAGGCUGUCGGAGAAUUUGUUUAUCGGCUAGAAUUAGGUCUCUUGUAUGAUAUUAAAAUUCAUGCUUUUAAGCGAAACACCAAGAGAGUUUACGCGGACAAUCCAAGAACAACUCGUGUGUAGGCACAAUGUAUUUUAUAUUGUUUGUGCCAAUCAAAAAUUUGCUAGUCCGACUAGCCGGUCGCAAUUGUCGUAGACAGCAUUCUUAGAGCAGAGCGGUCGCGAGGGAAGAUAUUAAUAUAAUAUAGAUUAGGGAUCUCAAGCGGAUUAUACUCUUUUCAUUAAAGCAUAGAACACGAUUUUCCUUAGUACACGGAUGAAUUUCUAUUAGAAAGAUUAUUGAUUGCAAAUUUGACAUGCUAAGAUUCGUUUGAGAUCUCUUCUUAGAUAGGAGAACAAAUUCUAGAGUAAAUCGAGAUAAUUUAUAUGCAAGGGUGAUACAUGUAGGAUAUGUAAUUCAAGCGGUUUUAACUGAGUGGUUUGAUCGAGCACGAAUUGAUGAUAAGAUGAGGUAUUGUAAAUUCUAUUUCCACACAAGAUAUAGAGAUGUCCUUAUAUUCGAUCUAGAAAGCAAUGACCGAACCAAUCGAGUGCAGAUACUGUUUGUCUUCGAUCGAUUCGACAAACAAACACUAUGCGAUAAUUACCUUUACAUAACAUAUGCUCUCCUACAAUAUUAUUUGGCUACUCUAAUGAUACUCGUAUUUACCAUUAGCCAGACAUUUAUCGUACCUACACAAUUUCCAUCUCUUUUCCUCGUCUCUCUUUCUUUAUAUAUGUAAAGUCUACUGAUAUAAAUGAAAAAAUACUCUUCAAGACGCUUCCUUUCUCUUUACUCGAACGUUUUCAACUCGUCCAUCGCUUCAUACGUUCGUACUGAAUCAUAAUUAUUGUACAUAAUAUAUAUACGAUAUAUAAAUCAUGCGCUUUGCGAUACAAGCGGACAAUUGUAAAUAAGAGAUUGUACGGUUUCUCGUUUGAAAUAUAUAAAAAUACGUUUUCUGU